CUCAACCCCCUCUAACGGAUGCUGAGACUGAGCUCCUGUGCGCGCGAGCUCUGGUAGCAGCUCAAUCUCCUCCUCAUCCUGCAAAGAUGUCGCAUGAGCUUCUCCUCACACGUUUCUUUUCUUUCCUUUUUCUCCCACUGCCCUUCACAGUUCGCCGAAUUUGGUUAAAUUAGCUGCUUUCAUAGCAGGGAGUAGCUAUCCUCGUCCAGGCACACGGACGCCCCCUCCCCACAACGGAGGUGUUUAAACCCUCAACCGGCGCAUUCUCUCUCUCUCUCUCUCUCUCUCUCUCUCUCCAACCGCCGCAGAACUCCGCCGACCAACCGUCAGGUGACCGCGCGGAGCGGAAUAUUCACCCGCACGGCCGUCGACUUUCAUCCCUUCACUCCUUCGGACUCCAGGCAACGGGAGCUGCCGCAUUCCCUGUCCCCCCGUGUCCUCUCAUCCGGUUUGGGACAUUCUCCGCUCCACGCACACGCAGAUUAACGGGGAUUCUGCCUCCCCACCCGCGCGCUGAUGCUGAUGUCCUUGAGCUCGGCCUGGACGGUCCUGGUGUAGCUACCUCUGAACUGGCUCCACAUCCUGUCUCUUAUUUAUCAGCUGCCUUUGCCUUGAUCGCCCCUCUCUCCAUCCAUUCAUCAUCACUUCAUCCCCAUCAGUAAGCCCAACAGCUGGUCCACCUGACCGUACCUGCGCCUGUCCAUGGACUGGCCGUGACUCUGGAGGGAGGGGGACAGAAACAAGGAAAGAGUUGAGUCGCAGAGGAGACGACGGAAGAGAAAGCUGGAUUCAUUCAGAUGUCACGCUUCUGAAGUGGCCCUGCUCGCUGUCCUUCACCCCCUCAUCCUCCUCUUCAGCCUUCUUCAGUUAUGGAGAUUUAAAGGAGCAGUGAGAGACUAUUGCCAAGACAUUAAAGUGAAAAAAAUACAUAUUACCCUGAUAUAAAAUCAUUUUUGAAUAAAACAUUUAGUCAGAAACAGGACUGUUGAGCACAUGAACAACCCUCCAGAAUCCAAACCAAAGGGGGCCUGAGUAGACAACGGAGAGAAAGAAAAUCACACACACACAAAACCUUUUACUGACAUGUCAACAACAGCCACAAUGGGUGAAAUGGCAAACAGCGCUGUGGAGUUUUACCCCAAAGGGACACGAGGUGGGGGUGGAGGAGGAGGAAGGGCAGAUGGCAGCCAUGCAGGGGGAGACUUUGGGGUCACAGUGAAGGAGCUCAGGGAGCUGAUGGAGCUCCGAGGGGCUGAUGCCCUACAGAAGAUAGAGGACAGCUAUGGAGACACAGAGGGUCUCUGCCGGCGACUACAGUCCAAUACCACUGAUGGUCUCAGUGGGGAGCCGGCAGACCUGGAACGUCGGUGCCAAACCUUCGGCCAAAACUUCAUUCCCCCCAAAAAGGCCAAGACGUUCCUGGAACUUGUGUGGGAGGCCUUACAGGAUGUCACACUUAUCAUUUUGGAGGCCGCUGCCAUCAUCUCCCUUGGCCUCUCCUUCUACCAGCCUCCUGGAAAAGAAACUGAAUCAUGCGGGAAUGUGUCGGCGGGUGCAGAGGAUGAAGGCGAGGCAGAUGCUGGCUGGAUUGAGGGCGCUGCCAUCCUGCUUUCUGUUGUGUGUGUUGUCUUGGUGACAGCGUUUAACGACUGGUCCAAAGAGAAGCAGUUCCGGGGUCUACAGAGUCGAAUUGAGCAAGAGCAGAAGUUCACUGUUGUGCGAAAAGGAAACGUCAUCCAGAUCCCUGUGGCUGACAUGGUGGUGGGGGACAUGGCUCAGGUCAAAUAUGGUGACCUACUGCCAGCUGAUGGUAUCUUGGUCCAAGGAAAUGAUCUGAAGAUAGAUGAGAGCUCUCUUACCGGAGAGUCUGACCAUGUACGCAAAUCUGUGGAUAAGGACCCCAUGCUGCUCUCAGGUACCCAUGUGAUGGAGGGCUCGGGGAGGAUGCUGGUGACAGCUGUUGGUGUCAACUCACAGACAGGCAUCAUCUUCACUCUCCUGGGAGCUGGAGAUGUGGAGGAAGAUGGGAAAGAGAAGAAAGAGGAGAGUACUGAGUUGCUCAUCACUACAGAUGCCAGUUACAGCACAGUCACCAAUGGAAAGCAACCUGAUGGUGCAGUGGAGAACAAUCAGAACAAAGCCAAAAAACAGGAUGGGGGAGUUGCCAUGGAGAUGCAACCUCUGAAGAGUGCAGAAGGAGGAGAGGUAGAGGACAGAGAGAAGAAGAAGACCAAUGUUCCAAAGAAAGAGAAGAGUGUGUUGCAGGGAAAGCUCACAAAACUGGCUGUUCAGAUUGGCAAAGCAGGUUUGGUGAUGUCAGCCAUCACUGUCAUCAUUUUGGUGCUGUUCUUUGUCAUCAACACAUUUGUCGUUGAAGGUCACUCAUGGUUGCCAGAGUGCACUCCAGUCUACAUCCAGUACUUUGUCAAGUUCUUCAUUAUUGGAGUCACUGUGUUGGUUGUUGCUGUCCCAGAAGGCUUACCUCUCGCUGUCACAAUCUCUCUGGCUUACUCUGUCAAGAAAAUGAUGAAAGACAACAACCUUGUACGGCACCUUGAUGCAUGUGAGACCAUGGGUAAUGCUACGGCCAUCUGCUCUGACAAGACAGGCACCCUCACCACGAACCGCAUGACUGUAGUGCAGGCUUACAUCGGUGAUGUGCACCACCGUGUGAUCCCAGAACCUGGACAAAUCAACCCCCGGACACUGAAUCUGUUAGUCAAUGCUAUCGCAAUCAACAGCGCCUACACCUCCAAGAUCUUACCACCUGAUGUGGAAGGGGGUUUGGCAAAGCAGGUGGGCAACAAGACAGAGUGUGGCCUGCUGGGAUUUGUAUUAGACCUACAACAGGACUAUGCCCCCAUCAGAGAGCAGAUCCCUGAGGAGCGACUGUACAAGGUGUAUACAUUCAACUCAGUGCGUAAAUCCAUGAGCACGGUGAUCAAGCUGCCUGAUGGUUCCUUCCGGCUUUACAGCAAAGGAGCAUCUGAAAUCAUGUUAAAGAAGUGUUCCUACAUUCUCGAUGCCAAUGGAGAAUCUCGCAGUUUCCGCCCACGUGACAGAGAUGAGAUGGUAAAACAGGUGAUUGAGCCCAUGGCAUGUGAGGGGUUGAGGACCAUAUGCAUUGCAUACCGUGACCUUCCAUCCAAUCCGGAACCAGAAUGGGACAACGAGACAGAGAUAGUAACGGAGUUGACCUGCAUCACUGUAGUUGGGAUAGAGGAUCCUGUACGGCCUGAGGUGCCCGAUGCCAUCCGUAAGUGUCAGCGUGCAGGCAUUACAGUGCGGAUGGUGACUGGUGAUAACAUUAACACAGCCAGGGCCAUUGCUGCUAAAUGUGGCAUCAUCCACCCCGGAGAUGAUUUUAUCUGUCUAGAGGGCAAAGACUUUAACCGACGAAUCAGAAACGAGAAAGGAGAGAUUGAACAGGAGCGUAUCGAUAAAAUCUGGCCCAAACUGCGCGUGCUGGCUCGGUCCUCACCAACUGAUAAACACACUUUGGUUAAAGGCAUCAUUGAUAGCAGCGUUGUAGAACAGAGGCAGGUUGUUGCAGUAACAGGAGACGGAACUAAUGACGGCCCAGCUUUGAAGAAGGCUGAUGUGGGCUUUGCCAUGGGUAUCGCAGGGACGGACGUGGCUAAAGAGGCGUCUGACAUUAUCCUGACUGAUGACAACUUCAGCAGCAUUGUCAAGGCAGUGAUGUGGGGAAGAAACGUCUACGAUAGCAUCUCCAAGUUUCUACAGUUCCAGCUCACAGUCAACGUAGUGGCUGUCAUCGUGGCCUUCACCGGGGCCUGUAUCACCCAGGACUCUCCCCUGAAGGCGGUGCAGAUGCUGUGGGUAAAUCUGAUCAUGGACACGUUUGCUUCUCUGGCCCUUGCUACCGAGCCCCCCACUGAGGCCCUGUUGCUACGAAAGCCUUAUGGCCGGAACAACCCGCUCAUUUCACUGACCAUGAUGAAGAACAUCCUGGGCCAUGGAGUGUACCAGCUGGUCAUCAUCUUUACCCUGCUGUUCAUAGGCGAACGAAUGUUCAACAUUGACAGUGGUCGUAAUGCUCCGCUUCACUCCCCGCCCUCUGAGCACUACACCAUUAUCUUCAACACCUUUGUCCUCAUGCAGCUUUUCAACGAGAUCAAUGCUCGCAAAAUCCAUGGAGAGAGAAAUGUUUUUGAUGGCAUUUUUUCUAACCCAAUCUUCUGCUCCAUUGUUUUGGGAACUUUUGCUGUGCAGAUCGUGAUUGUGCAGUUUGGAGGGAAACCCUUCAGCUGUGCUCCUCUCAACAUCGAGCAGUGGCUUUGGUGUCUGUUUGUGGGAGUUGGAGAGCUGCUCUGGGGGCAGGUGAUUGCUACAGUUCCUGCAGAGCGACUGCCGUGUUUGAAGGAGGCGGGGUUGGGACUAGAACCAGGGGAGGAGGAAGGGGAGGAGCUGGCAGAGGAUGAGGAGGAGAUCGACUGUGCAGAAAGAGAGCUGCGCCGUGGACAGAUCCUCUGGUUCAGAGGCCUCAACCGUAUCCAGACCCAGAUGCGAGUGGUGAAAGCAUUCCGUAGUUCACUGUACGAGGGCCGGGAGAAACCGGAAUCCCGCAACUCCAUCCACAACUUCAUGGUCCACCCAGAGUUCCUCAUCAAUGACCUCAUCCACAACAUCCCGCUGAUCGACGACACCGAUGUGGAUGACGAAUCAGAACUCAGCAGAUACCAGCACCUGCACCCGGCCCUCCGCAAGCCGCCCCCGCCUCCCACCCAGCCCCAACCCCCGCCUCGCACCCAUCCCACCCGGCCCUACCGCCAGUACAGCCUCCCGGUGACCCCAUGCAACCGAAACAACAACAACAACAGCAGCAGCAGCAGCAGCAGCAGCAUUGAUUCAAUGGUCGCCUACAGCAACCGAAACAGCACCAACGCAGUCAUCACCUACAACCGAAGCCCCCGUCAUCACCACCACCACCUCCACCAUAAUCAUCAUGGCAGGGACAGGCCGGUGAAACCCUCAACCCCCUACCCGGCCCAUCUCUACUGUGUGGAGACCUCCUUAUAACUGAUCUGAACUUGGGUUUGGGAGGGGGGGUGGAAAAAGGGGGGAUGAAGUUAGGGUGAGAAAAAGAGAGGGCUGAGGACCUACACACAUGACAUUUUCAUCUAAUCGCCCUUUCAACAAGCUCACAAGAGGGAGCAAAGGACAAGGAGGGAGUGGACAAUGGCCGGAGACUUCUGCUUACAACUCCCUGAGAACAUGUUGCCACUUUCCCUCCCUUUGCCCUUACCCCAGCCCUCUCAGUCUGACUUCCCACCUUCGCCCCAGUCCCUCCCCUCCUUUACCCACAAAACCAUCCAACUCAGUCUGUCACCCCCUUCUUGUGGAACCCCACUCACCCUGCCCAGCUGCACACCAACUUCAUGCACGCUCUUGUCACACACACCUGCAGGUCUGCUUUGGCAGGGUCUGAGUGGGGGGGGGGGCAGACGUCCAGAAGAAAACCACACAUUCCCUAAUGCUUCAG